UUUCCCUGGCCUGGAGCAGAGCUGCUGCUCCGUGCCCGGUCUCCCCAUUGUUGCUCCGGGUCUCGGGGUGGGCAGGCGCCCGGCUUUGUGCGGAGAAUUGCUGCAGGACAAGGCUCGAGCCAUGGAAGAAUUAAUAGUUGAAUUGCGUCUGUUUCUUGAACUUUUGGACCAUGAAUAUCUAACAUCCACUGUCAGGGAGAAAAAAGCAGUAAUAACUAACAUUCUCCUGAGGAUACAGUCAUCAAAAGGUUUUGAAAUAAAAGAACAUGUACAGAAACAAGAAGUUUCCAAUAGUUUGCCUAGUUUGCCUGCCCCACCUCAGAUGCCUCUACCAGAGAUACCUCAGCAAUGGCUGCCACCAGAUAAUGGGCCUCCACCUCUACCAACAUCGUCCCUACCUGAAGGCUACUAUGAGGAGGCGGUGCCACUUAGUCCUGGAAAGGCUCCUGAAUAUAUCACUUCUAAUUAAGACUCAGAU